CUACCAAAGAUGCACGCGUAAUGCAAAAUUAAUCCGCGGUACAAUAAAUUGCAGCAUGGACUGGCAAUCAGAAUAUGAACGCGAUCGCGCUGAGAGAUUCGGCCACAAUUCCAAGUAUUCAGGCAACCUUGCUCCUGGAGCUAGCAGCAGCAGCUACCAGCAGGCAACGCCAGCAAUGCAGAUGCCACAGCCUCCCCUGCAAAUUUCUGAAUAUUUUAUCCCAAAGCGUGAAACUCCCCGAGAGCAGCGAUGCAGGGCGGAGAAGCAGCGACGGGAUCAGAUGAAUCAGUCGAUAUCUCAACUGGCUUCUAUUCUACCGGCCGUCAGUAAGCCACGACGCAAGAUGGAUAAGACCAGCGUGCUGCGAAUGGCGGCACAUUAUAUACGAUCAAACCAGUACGUUUUCGGUGACAGUUUGGAAGAGUCACACACCAAUCGAUUCAGCGAGGGCUUCAUGAGGAUGUUAUUAAACACCACAAAGGGAUUUCUCCUCGGGGUAACCUAUAGAGGAAUUGUAGUGGUUGUUUCGCCGAACGUCCAACAAUAUACUGGAUACAAUGAGGUGGAUAUGCUUGGACGCCACAUUUUCCAGUUCGUCCACAGUGAUGACUGCGAGCACUUGAAAACCCAACUAAUGCCUCCACUAGAGUUCCUGGGACAAUAUGGUGAAUUGUUGGUACCAGACGACGCUGAAGGUGUGAGAAAAAUAUCUGAAGCAUUGAACCAGACGAAGCGACAAUUUGUUAUACGGUUUAGGAAACCAAACACCAACCGUUGUGAGCCAACGCAGUAUCUCACAUGUCACGUUCAAGGUUCUUUUAGAAAGUCAGACAAAGCCAACCUGAGAAAUAGUGGGUUCCAUCCGUGCAUAAGACGAGCUCGGUUCAAAGGCGAGAGAACGAUGUCCAGUGGGAACGAUGUUUUGUUCAUCGGAAUAGCCCGACCAUCAGUCGACACGUUUCUGUCGGAGAAGGUCAUAGAAUCAUUCAAAAUGGAAUACCGAACCCGCCACUCGAUUGAUGGAAUGAUAAUUGAGGUUGAUCAACGGAUCUCUUAUGUCAUCGGCUACAUGACUGACGAAGUGCGAGGUGUUAACGCGAUGAAUUUUAUGCAUUACAAAGACAUGCGAUGGGUCGUCGUUGCUUUACGUGAAAUGUAUGAUCAAAGUAGAAUCAUAGGCGAAUCGUGUUACCGGAUCAUUACCAAAAAUGGCCAAUUGGUAUACAUGAGGACGCUGGGAAAACUGGACGUUGAUGCAUCAACAAAGGCUGUCACAAGCUUUGUCUGCUUAAACACCAUGGUGACCGAAGAAGAAGGUAUCGCACUUACAACAAGUAUGAAGAAGAAAUACAAGAUGUUGAUAUUCAACACAGAUGAUAUUACCGAAGACGAUAUGGAGGUAGCGAACAAAAUAUAUUCGCCAGUAGAAGAUCCGAUACAGCUACAAAAAGUCAUAUUAAAUUUGGUCAUGGAUCUCCCAAAUGAAGAGAAUAAAACAACAGACGAACCAACGGAGAAUAAACAAAAUUCACCCACUAACUCACGUCUAAGAUUAUCAAUCAUUCCCCCAGAAAGGGAAAGGAUAUUAAGUGCAAUUAAUAAAAGUAGACUUAUUUUACAUAGGCAUAAAGAUCCUCUCAAAGUUGAUGACCAAGAGAACAUAAAGAUUCACGAACGAGAUAGUGAUAAAAUUCAAAAUGUACAAUCAUCAAAGAUUGGGCUAUCUGAAAAUAAUUGUGAGCAGAAUCUUCUUAUGACAAAACCUGUCAUUGCAAAAAGCGAAACAACUCACAUUGCUUUGAAUGAAGAAUGUUUAUCACAACAUCCUGUAACUGAACAAAGUGAAAAUAACAGUGAUAAGCGAGAAACACUAUCCGAAACUCAUGAAGUAUAUGACGAUAUUGGAGAUAAUAUAGAAGAAUCCAUCAAUAUAUUUAGACUGGAUCCAACGCCUCAAGCACAAAGCUUAUGUCCUACUGCUGGUCAAAGAGAUAAUAGCAGUUUUACGCAAGAAAAAUCAGACGCUAAUGAAGGAAGUCAGUAUAGUGGGGAUUAUUCGGAAGUAAUACUGGAGGCACCAGCAGCCCAACAGGCUACUUUAUUAUGUCCUACUGCUGGUCAAAUGGGUAAUUGCAGUUUUACGCAACCACCUCUAUCGGAAGCUAAUGAAGGAAGCCAGUAUAUAGGAGAUUAUUCGGAACUUUCACUGAAUAAUUUAGAAAUGAAUCCAGCUCCCCAACAUUCUACUUUAUUAUGUCCCACACCUGAACAAAGCAAAAACAGCAGUUAUACGCCAGAUACCUUACCAGAAGCCGAUGCAGUAAGAGAAAGUUCAGAAGUAUCAAAUGAUAUUUUUGGAAUACAAACUGCAGCACAGCCGACAUUUCUAAGUUAUCCAACACCAGAACGAAGUGAAAAUAGCAGUAAUAUGGGAGAAUCAUUAGAUAUUGGUGCAGUAAAAGGAGAUAUUUCAGAUGAGAUUAACUUGGAAAUUGAACUUGGAAUGCAAACUGCAGCACAAACGACAUUUUAUAAUUAUCCUACACCAGAACGAAGUGAAAACAGCAGUUAUUCGGGAGACACAUUAUCAGAUACUGGUGCAGUAAGAGGAGAUAGUUCAGAUGAUAGUUUGAAUUAUGAUUUGGGGAUGCAAACUGCGGCCCAACCGACAUUUUUAAGUAAUCCUGCACCUGAAUCUGAUGAAUCAAGCGAAAUUCUGCAUGUAAGAGAUUGGCAAAAUUUUCUUUUCUAUCCUGCACCUGAAUCUGAUGAAUCAAGAAAAAGUCUGCAUGUAAGAGAUUGGCAAGGAUUUUUUUACUAUCCUCCACCUGAAUCUGCUGAAUUAAGAGAACGUUUGCAUGCAAGAGCCUCUCAAGAAUUUUUUAAAGGUCGAUCAUUUUUCGAGGCAGUAACAGGACAAAGAGAAAGUAGUGACACGCCAGAAAACGUUUUAGAAGCUGAUGCAAGAGAAAAUGGUUAUCAUGCUACUGAACAAAGUAAUAAUGGCAGUUCUACGCACGAAACUAAUGAAGGAAGGCAGUAUACGGGAGAAUAUACAGAAGAUACUAUGAAUAUUUUUGGACUCGAUUUAUCUGCCCAAGACGCUAUUUUAAACUCGGACUUGAGCAGAACUUUAUUGGAAGAUCCGACGGCCUUGGGUUAUGACCUCAAUGACGAUGGAGUUUGGGGUUUCAUUGACCGUAGCAGCAAUUAAUAUUAAAUUUAUAUAUGGGUAAAUAUAACAGUACACAUAUUGUACCUCAUAAUAAAUAUAAAGUAGGCACGUCUUCGGAACAGAGUACAUUUUUCUCACACAAUAUGAUCAUAUUUAUCUGGUUUUUAAAAUUGUACUUCAUUUUACCAAAUAAACGUGAAAUUUGAUUUAAUAUAUCACAGGUCUAUACACUAAUACGAUAUUGGAAAGUUUGAUCUUUCGUAGCAGACAACGAGAAUACUUUUAGCGAUUUACAAUUUAUUUUUUUCCAAAGACAGUAUUGAUACAUCCAAUUCCGUAUUUUUUGUAAGGCUUUUAGUGUUCUUCAUGUCUUCACUAUUCUUCGUUCUUAUUACAUCCCAUGUUCAUCUUCCAUAUUAUAAUGGUGCCAUAAUAUUAUAUCAUUUGAUCCAUAAGUACUUUGAUUGGAUAUACUUAAGAGGUAUUACAGAGGUUACAAGACAUACUUGCGAAUGUGCUGUGCUAAUUAAAUAAACAAUGCGAAAUUUGCGCGUAAUGUAAAAUAUUAUGCUUAAUGUGCGAAUAUUGUUACAUUCUUGUUAUUAAGAGAUAAAACUUCGAUAAGCAAACGUAACAUAACGAUAAUUUAUCAAACUAAUUUUAUAUUUUUAUGAAUAAGCAACAAUAAAAUAAUUUGGCAGAAAAUAUCUGCAAAAUAUCUGAUAAUAUGAUAGGAAUACCAGUAGUAAAAUACAAAUCCGUACCAUCGAUAAUGCGAUUACUUUAUUAUCACCAUACAUAAUAAUAUCCAUGCUCAAUCAAGUUCUGGAACUUCCUUGCUGUUACCGGUUCGACAAUAACAGCGUAUUAGAAGAGACCUGACGCCCUUAAAAAAGAAACAAAUAGAGCACUUGUACAGUUGCUUGGCGGCUGAAACACUACUUAUCUGGGCGGCAUUCAACAUAUUAUUUUAAACGAAAAUUAUAUUAAUAAUUAGGUAUGUUUACUUACCUCGACGAAAAAAGGAAUUUUAUUGAUAAGGCUUUGUUAUGGAGUCUUAUUUCUCAAAAUAUUUUUUUUGUUUAUCGAAGUUGUGCGUAUAAGUGAUUUUAUAUCAGCAGCCUGACCAUAUCAUGCGAUAGAAUUUGUACUGUACGCUUGCUAUUCGUUGAAACGUAUACGAAAGUAAAAUGUCCUACGAAGUUGUUCCCUGGGAGAAAAAAAUUAUUCUCGCUCUAAAAUUGUAGACGCACACAUGACAGUGUCGUUUGACUAUAAAAUCCAAAUUAUGCGGCGUUGUGAUUCUUUUUUAAAUUGUACUUUAAUUUAGUACUCGGCAAUUAUAAAAUCAAAAAGUGUGUGUACUUAUGUAUGCACGAAAGAAAUUAUACUUCUUUGGCCUAACAGAGCAAAAAUCCUUAAAAUUAUUCCUCACGCUAUUCUCGGUUCGUCGAAAGAACAAUAUUGUAAAAAUCUUACGACGAUGGCUUUGACAAUUAAUUACUAAUAACGAAUACGGCUGUACGGGCUUGAACCCUUUCCUUUCAUGAUAGAUGACGAAGAAACCAAAAAAGAAAUCAUCGAAUGUCGCAAACGUUAGAAAAUUUUAGGAGCCAACUUCACCCUGUUACUAUUGUGUUACAGUGUUUACUCUAAUCAUUUUUACAUCACGCGCCUAAAGAAAUAUAACUUCAAUAAUAUUCAAAAUAUAACAAUUUUAAAACAAUCUCUAACUAAAUAACAAAUAAAAUCACCAAAAUUGUAUCCGGAGUGAUAUAAUUUUUGGAAUGAUAGAGUUAUUCUUUGGACAAAACAAAGGACUUUCCUACAGUCUUAGUAUCUGCACGCCUGUUAUAUUCACGCAGAGUUCAACUUUUAACGUUUUUUCGCCCACUAGGAGAGUUAGAUAAUGUCAGAAUUCACUUCUUCUCUCUUUUUUCAAUAUAUUUAUAAUGAAAAUCGUCACUUGAGGCUCAAUCACGUCUAAACCACUGAUCGUAUCGACAUGAAAAUAUCACCAUUCGAUGCGAAAUUUAUCCUAGAUGCCAUAAACUAUUUGUCGUAUUUCAACGUUCCCUCAUUAAUUUAUUUCCUUUUAAAAUUCGCUCAGUGAAGCGGUCUGGAAUGGCUAGUUUUAUAUAUAAUUUUUCUUAGUGAUCCGGUUAGACAAGGUGAAACUGAUGAACUAUCCAUAUUAAAUUAACAUAAGCUGGGAUAUUAAUUUUCGAUAGUACCUUUUACAAACACUAAACUAAACAAAGUAAAGUAAGUAAUAACAACCUUUUGUUUUGUUCUUUAUCCAGACGUAUUUGAAAAUGUGGUUAAAAUAAAUUUUGGAUUUGCCAUGAAAAAUCUUAAUUGUAUAAUUUUAGUAGAAAUCUCUUAUUCAAUGAUGAAAAUAUUAUUAUCUCCUUACACCAGUAUUUCUUAUUUUUUCUACUGGUACCUUUUUGUGGUGCCAGGCAGUGAAUGUACUAUUAUAGAAAAGUGACAAACGGCCUCUGAAGUCUCUCCUCGGCUUGUAUUUUAGCAGCAGUUAAUAUAUUUCUUAAAAGAUAAGUGAAAAUGAAAUAUUUAUUUAUGUAAACUUAUGAUGUACUGUAGCUCCUUCUCCGUACAAUUAGAGUUUUAAAAUAAUGCAUGAGUUGGGUUGAUGAGAUGUGAAGUAAAGAGGCUACUUGAUUCACAAUUCCGAGUACUAAAUUAAAAUCGGUAUUCAAGCAUCACUCUGUUAGUUCUUGAUUAUUUUUAAUUGCCAUUUUUUUAUUAUUUACAACAUAUUUUGUAAGAUCAACCUCCCAAGCAUCGCAGAAACAUAAGUAUAAUACCAACCAUUGUCGUAGGUGUAUACAAUUCGUUUUCUAUACCUAACAUUAGCACAAGCGUCUUGUAACCUAUUUGUAACUUAACAGUGUGUUAAGAAUAAUUCGUUGAACGUAUGAAUUUUUAUAAUUAGUUAUUAAUAAAAUAAUAAGCAAAAUCUAGAUGCGUUAUACUACAAAAAAUAUAUUUCUAAUUAUUUAUCUCCCGGUGACGAUUUUUUGUAUAUUUGUAAUAUAUGUUUUGUAGCAGUUUCCUAUCGUAGCAAAUAAAGAAAGUAAGGAAAGUGUACGUAAGAGAGAUAAAAAUGACUGUAAAACGAUGCAUGGCCCUCGCUACUCAUUAUCUCUUACAAACACACACGGUUGUAUGAAGAUAUAAUUUCUUACUCGUAAAAAGAGAGGUGCUACUGAGUAAUUUAUAUGUAUAAUACGAAUCUGACUCAGACAAGUAUCACAGUAAUCGUCAAAGUCAUCAACAUUUGCACGCACCUGAAACGAUAAUAAAACAAUUUAUAUUAUUUAACUUACUUUUCAUUAAAUAUGGCAGUUUAUAAAAUAAUGUAAAGGCCACUAACUGUCACAGUCUUCUUGUGUUACCUUUUCCAAUUUUAAACACAAGAUCUCAAUACGGUCACAUUCAAUCUAAAUUGUAAAUUAAUUCAGUGUAGAAGUAAUAAUUUCUAUUGACGUCAUUUUCAAUCCCCCUAUUCGAAUGACUGAGUUAAAUGUUUCAUCAUCUAUAUAUAAUUCGUCUGUAAGUGUUAUAAUAUUAUGUUACUAACUUUUCCUAAUCACGAAUUUUGAAGAAAUUAUGUGUUACUUUUGAUGUGAUCGUCUGAUAUAUGUUAGAACAUAAUAAUAUGACCCCAAUACGUCAAACCCAUUAUGAGCACUUGAUUGUUUGCAAUAGCAACUAAAGCAGCGUGUCAGAGGGACAUCUGCCAAGUUCGCGUGUAGCUUAUAUUUUCGGGAAUACUAACGAGAAGCUGAAGUAAUCAAUGUGUAAAACCCCGAUUAAGUAAAUUUAAAAAUAAUGUAUAUCCUCACAGUUAAAAAAAAAUGUGAAUGAAUACAAAUUAUGAAGCCGCUUAUGGUGGUUAUUAGUCACUUAACUUGAUAAUGAUGCGUGAGUUAGCUUAGAUACUUUCCUUAUUGAAGCACAUAAGAUCUAUCAUCAAAGAUCUGUAGUAUUUCAUACGAAACUCAUCUAAAAUGACUCCUCCUCAGUAAGAAACCCAUGAAUAAAUAUGACAUUCUUAUAUGAAUUAAGAGUUAAUAUCGCAUAGAUAUAAGACACUCGUAUAUAAGAAUUACUUAGUUUUUAUAUUUUUACUCCAUCAUGAUCGCAGAGAAAUUGUUACCAAGUAGCGAUAAUAAAUCUUUUUAUUUUGUUAAGUUUAAUUACAUUACAUGUUCCUGCAACAAUAUAAUUAUUGUUAUAUAAUAUAAAGGUCAACAUAUUUUUAUUUGCAACAUUUUCAUAAUAUUUGCAUUGUAUUUUUUAUAAUUACAUUUUGAUACAA